UCCUUUACGUGUGCGUGCCCCGCCCACUUUAGAGCCCGGAUGAGGAGUAUCGCCAUUACCGCCGAAGCCGCCGUAAGAGCCUGUGGAGGCUGAAAAGCCCACUGGCCGCAUCAUGAGAUUCCUCUCGCGUUUGGUCCUGUUAGUGCUCCUCGUCUUCCCCACUGCGUUGCUGCUCGGGGGCGGCCCCGGAGGGUCAAUAGCAGUGGCCCAAGAUGCCACAGAGGAUGAAGAAGCACUAGAAGAUACAAUAGUUGAAGAUGAAGAUGAUGAAGCAGAAAUAGAAGAAGAUGAACCCACAGAUUUGGCAGAAGAAAAAGAAGAAGACCUCUCUGGUGAACCUGAAGCCUCACCAAGUGCAGAUACAACUAUCUUAUUUGUAAAAGGAGAAGAUUUCCCAGCAAAUAACAUUGUGAAGUUCCUGGUAGGCUUUACAAACAAGGGCACAGAAGAUUUUAUUGUUGAAUCCCUAGAUGCCUCAUUCCGCUAUCCUCAGGAUUACCAGUUUUAUAUCCAGAACUUCACAGCUUUGCCACUGAACACUGUAGUGCCACCCCAGAGGCAGGCAACAUUUGAGUAUUCUUUCAUCCCUGCAGAGCCCAUGGGUGGGCGUCCAUUUGGUCUAGUCAUCAAUCUGAACUACAAAGAUUUAAAUGGCAAUGUGUUCCAAGAUGCCGUCUUCAAUCAAACAGUUACAAUUAUUGAAAGAGAAGAUGGGUUGGAUGGAGAAACGAUCUUUAUGUAUAUGUUUCUUGCUGGACUUGGGCUCCUAGUCGUUGUUGGACUUCAUCAGCUUCUAGAAUCUAGGAAGAGAAAAAGACCAGCCCAGAAAGUAGAAAUGGGUACAUCAAACCAAAAUGAUGUUGAUAUGAGUUGGAUUCCCCAAGAGACUUUGAAUCAGAUCAAUAAAGCUUCUCCAAGGAGGUUGCCCCGGAAACGGGCACAGAAGAGAUCAGUGGGAUCUGAUGAGUAAAUGUUCAUUUGUGCAACAAUUCAAUCUUUACUAAACCUGCCCUAACAUUUUUUGACCUGAUGGGAAUUAGUGCAGAGAAGCCAUAUCAACAUAUGAGGAAACUACUACUUCUGUUUGGACUGAGUAAUCAGAGCUGUGGAGAUAAUAUUGCUGAAAAUGCACUGCAUAUGUUUUUUCUAAAGUAACAAAUUUGGGUUUUUUUAAACCAUUAAAAACUGUGUGUGUGCGUGUGUGUGUGUAAGCAGUUGGUCUUACCAGAAUCAUUGUUGUACUACCUGAAAUGUGCCUUUAGAGUGCUAAAUGUAAUGCUGGCAUGUCUGUAUCCCACUGAAAAUUUGUGAUUUUGUUUUUGUUUUCCAGAAAACAUAAUGAUAAUUGCCUAAUCUUAUUAUAUAAGGAGUUUCUCAUUUUUACUAUCAUGCCUUGAACUGUACAGCAGAAAAUAUUUUAGCUACUCUGUUCCUCAGAAUAGCUACUAAUUCAGCAGUGAUGGCACAAAUUCUCUGGGUGUUUUUUUAUAUCUGCAACUAGUAUUCUAAAGGCACAAGCAGGAGUAGCUGCUUUUAGCAAUAUAGUAUUUUGUUUUGGUAUUUUGCUGCUGUUUACUACAAUACGCACAUUGGGAGUACUUCCUUAUACUGAUCAAAGAACCCAUUUGAAUUUAUAUCAAUCAGAUCUAGCAGCAAAAUUGUGAAGCAUGAAACUGCUGAACUUGAUAUAUAAAUUUCAACUCUCCAUAUUCUUCCUCAUUUUUUAACAAAAAGAAAAUAGCACACUUGUGUGAGCUGAAUUAUUGUGUUGUGUGUCAUUGUUCUGUUGUGUCUGAUCCAAAAGGUGGCUUUGGAAUCAUUUUAGAUCUAUUCGAUAUUUAUGAAUCAGUGAUUUUCCUCCUUUCCCCUUAAUGGAAACUACCAUGGCUAGAAAUUUUAUUGUUCUGAAUUGAAUUGAAGAAAUGAAACUCCAGAUUCUGUAUAAAGUGAGGACUCAAAAUAUAGGGCACAGAUCAAAAAUGUGUUCCAAAUUUUAAUUUCUGUAGACUCAUAAAACAGCUGAAAAAGAUCUUCUACAACAUCUAGGCCAUCCUUCUCAUUUUACAGAUGAGAAAUUUGAGGCCCAGACAAAGUAAUCUGUAUGGAUACCAAUGAAUUAAGUUGAAUUUUUUAAUAUAUAUGUACAUAUACAUAUAUAUUUAGGUUAUAUAUUCUAUAGUUAGACACAGUUUAGUGGUUGAUUUAUUUUUUCCCCCAAGUUGUUGGUUAGUUUUCCCCUAACUUUAUAAAUAGUUUUUGUGAGUAUUUUUGAAAUUUGCAUGUGACUUUUUUUUUAAGUGAAUCUGUUUUAGGUAGUAGAAAUCAAAAUAUUUAAGAAUUGAACUUUCUAAAAUUUUCUUUGAACUUUUUCUAUAUUUAGCCUUUUUCAAAAAUCUGUUUUGCUGUAGUUUUCUGUAUGUGUCAGGCAUCAUAGGUGUUGUGUGUUUAAGAAUCUUGGUUUAAAGACAAUUGAUAUUUAUAGAGGGUUGUUGUCAUUAAGACCUUGUGAUAAAAUUGACAUUUUUGUUAGACUUAAGUAAAAAAAAAAAAAAAAAAAAAAAAACUUUUAAAAGGCUUUUUUCCAUGCCAUGAAGCCAUUUUCUCCUACAUGUCUUUGAAAAAUGGAAGGUGAGGUUUUAGCAGUUAAAGUUUACUUUAGCUUUUUGCCUUUACCUUUCUUUCUUUUAACCCCCUACCUCUUUUGAAAUCUGCAUUUAACCUGCCAAGAAUGAACAUCUGAGCCAGUGACAUUUGAACAAUACCUAUAACAGAGGGACUAAAGUUCUUAAAAACCUGUAUUGGUGGUAUUGUACUAUAAACAUCCCAUUCUCAAAAUUCAGAGUGUUUGGGCUGUUAUCUUGGUGUAGAAGACCAAUAGCUUAUUUUAAAACUAUAGUACUUACUAUUAAAAAAUAGACAUAGCUUGGUUUUUGACAAGCAAUAUCAGUGAGUACUUAGCAGAAAUUAUCUGUAUAAUAAAUGGAAUUAAAUUCCACACAUGGUAUAUUCAAGCACACUUAAUAACAAGUAGCUUAUUUUUAAAAAGAACUUUUAAAAAUGUAAAUAUCUGGAUGGGUUUUGUUUUUGGUGUAUCUACUUAAUUUGCAGACCAUGGUUUGAGACCCAAGUGUUGAAUGUGGGUUUAUGAUUUAAUAAUAGCUUUUGAAAAUCUUGGUUUCACACAACUAUAAAAUGGGAUUAGGAAAUUGUUCCUUUUGUAUCCUCUAGGGAUGUGAGGAAGGAUUAAUGUGUUUGUAAAGCACAAAUUCUCCUCAGCAUAUUUAAAUGUGUCGUAUUAUAUUCUUAUACAGUAAAUGAUUUUCCAAGGUGUUUGACUACAGUCUAUUGUCCAAGAGAAAGAAAGUUUCGCAAGAAAAUUGAAGCCUGAAGUAGGAUUAGAAGUCGUAAUAAAACCCACUGUAGCAGAAAGUGAAUAAGAGACUUUAUUUGAAUAAAUUCAGAAUUUAGAAAUUUAAAAAUAGUUGACUUUGGGCUAUAAAGGGGAAGCAUAUUUCAAUAGUAAGAGGGACAUGUUUGGAACCACGCCUAUUUCGGAUGUUAAAUGGUUAAAUUUUUGUAAUGAUCUUAUAUAAAGACGUUAGUGGCACAGAGGAUUUACACUUAGCCUUAUUGCUAAGUUUAAAUAGUAGACCUCAAGUGUUCAUAAAUACAAACAUUUAACACAGUGCCUUGCACAUAGUAGAUGCUUAAUAUUUGUUAAAUUAUAGCAGCCAUCGUCAACCCCACAUUUGAUACUGCAUCAUCUUAUCCAUGCACAUAGUUUGAGAGAUAAAUUGGUUCCUGUGUUUAAAAUAGUUUGAAAUAAAGCUAUCCUUCCCUGAAAUUUCUCUGGUAGAUAAACUCCAUAGGUAAUAUCCGUUACACAUAUAAGUACAUAUAAUGUAUUUCAUAUAUCAAAUUUUUUAAUCCCACUUAUUGUUUUAGUUCUAAAAACAAGAUGUUUGCUAAAAUUUAACAACUUCCCAAUUAUACUUGAGGGUGCUCCCCAUGUUUGGACAGAUGCCAGAUGAACUCCCAUAGCCAACUAAACUGCUUGGUACAAUUUUGGCCCAGGGAUAUUAAAACAAUAGUAACAAAAACUUUGCCAUCUGCUUGAAUUAAAAGCUUUAGGUUUUAUUUGCUAGAUUGAUUUGUGGGAUCACCUUUUUUAAAAAAAAAAAAAACUUGAGGUUUAAACUGGGAUGAAAGGCAAAAAGUUUUAAAUUUUGAAGUUGAAUUCAAUUCAACAUGUUACUUGAUGUCUAAAAAUUAUACUACAUCAUGAUCCCUGUUAACUUUGUCAGAUAACAUUUGUAUAGUUUUUUAAUUAUUUUUUAUUGCUUAGAAUAAUCUAUGAAUUGUCAGCCUAAUUGUAUUUGAAGUUAUAUUUUUUAGGAUUAUUUAACAAUGUAGUACUAAUACUGCAAUAAUACUUGCACCACCUACCUCAUUAGGGGUGUUGGAAGGAAAGCACUUUGUAAUCUUAAGGCAGUAUAUAAAUGUGAGUUGUUAUUAUUGUUAACUUUCUGGGCUUCAGUUUAUUAUCCAUUCUUUAUGGUACAGUAUUUGGAGCCAUUUCCUUUUAAGAUAUUAUUAUAAUAAUAGGUAAGCAUUCUAGAAUCACUAAGCUUAAAUGGAAGCUGCUUUGGAAUAUUUUGAUACAAGCUCAGAAUCAAACCUUUGAGCAGCUCAGGGGUACAAAACUUAUUUCCCAGGAAUCUGAAUAGUCAGAACAAAACUGCAACUAAAUAUUUUGUUUGCAUCACAUACUGAUAACUUAGUGCUGUCCCUGAGAGACUACUACAAGACGCUGAAGACUGUCCAGAAUAAAAACCAUCACAAAAAGAUGAUAUUCAGUAUAA